AUGAAGAUCAAUCAUCAGACUGCCAGAGUAUUUUUGCUUCAGUUCAGUGUGACAAUUCUUCAACUAUUGCAGUAAACACUUCUGGUCUAGUAUUAUUGAAUGAACCUAAUGUAUAUGAAGGAAAUGAUCAUGGUAGAGUUACAAAUCUGAUCCAAUUAUCUACUGAAAAAAAAUAUGGAUCUGUAUAAUGUCCCUGUAAAUGUAUUUGUCGAUGAUACCAGUGCAAAUAGAUCAAAGAAAUGGAAUCCAAUUAAUGUUUGGACUCUACAAAUAGCUGGUAUUCCUGCUAAAGAGAAAAUGGCAAAGAAUUCGCAUCAUUUUCUUGGUGUUACGUCAGGAGAUGCUAAAUCUCUAGCAACACCAGUUGUAGAAGACCUGAACACACUUUACCAUGAAGGGAAAGUGAUGUAUGACUCUUAUUUGAAAAAAGAAGUAAUUGUGACGUCACAACUGGGUAUAGGGUUGAUGGACAAUGCAAUGGCAGCAGAGUUCUGUCACAGUAUGGGUGCUGCAGCUAAGGAAAAUUGCAGAUUUUGUAAGUAUAGAGGUAACUUUUUGAGCAAAGGUGAGCCAAGAACAAAGGAGAAGACUGAGGAAAUAUUGCAGGAGGUAGAUCAGUACCCCUCACAUUCUACAAUCCAUGGCAUCAAAAGAAAGAAAAAGGCUGAUGAGCUAAAUAAAGCAGAGUUGUGGGAUCCUCAUAGGGAUCUACCACCAGAUUUACUGCACUGCCGAUAUUUGGGUGAUAUUUCGAUAUUGCUAUCCUCCAUGCUCAGUUGCUCCACAGAUUUACAGAAGGAAAACAUACAACUAGCCAUUAACAGUGCUGAGUGGAAUGGUUUUCAUCACAAAUGUGGAAGUUCUUUUAUCCGCUACCAUAGAUCUAGUCAAGGGAAGGAUUUUAAAGCUUUUGUUCAGCUUGCUCCAUUUGUAGUGAAAAGGGCUGGAUAUGAGCAGGAAGUAGUUCAACUUUGGUGUAUGCUAGCAGAGAUUAUACAACUGAUUAAUAGAAGACAAUUAAAAGAGUCAGAACUUGCACACCUGGAAGACAUUCAAAUUACGUUUAACCAAAAGGUAUUUGACAGGUUUCCAGAGACCAAAAGGAAACAAAAAAUGCAUCACAAUUUGCAUACGGAAGACAAUAUAAGGAUGCAUGGUGUUCCAACUGAGUAUACAACAGAGGCAGGUGAAAGUUGGUGCGGGAUAGUAAAGAACUGCCAGUAUAUCACCAAUCACCACAACCCAAACCGUGAUACAGCCUAUAAACUGACUCAUGUGGAAGAAAUUGGACAUAUCAUGGAUAAUGGUACCUGGAAAGUUAAUGGGAAAAGAGUCAGUCCAGCAAGACAAACAGUCGAGGAAAUAUGCCACAGUAGAAUUCAGAGUUUUGUGUUUGGAAACCAAACUGAAAAUAAUGAUGGUCACAGCUCUGUAAAAAGAAGUCAUGAUGGCUUGAUAAAAAAAUCCAGAGGAAGAACAAAAAAUGGUGAAAAAUUAAAAAAAGGAGAUGUAAUUUAUUACUUCAAUAAUGAUCAAGUCAAAUUUGGUGAAAUAAUGAAUAUUUCUACAACACUGAUAGACAUUUCAAGAAUGGUUAAAUUAGAUGAUGAAGAUAGAGUAUUUAAUUGUUAUAAACUACGUAAAUCAUCUGAUGAAUUAUCUCUUGCAAUUGACGAUGUGCAGGGCAUUGUGUAUGUUGUGCAUGAUUGUGCUAGUUGUGGAUGUUGUGUCAUUAUGACAAGGAAUGAUGGAAAAAUUUCUAGGGUUUUCAAGCACAAAUUAGAUCAUCCUGUUUUUUUAAUAAAUAGAUUUAAAAUGAAUUUUGACCAUAAAUUGUGCUGAUUUUUGUCUCUUUUUCUUCUGUAUAGCAUAUUUUUGGUUGAUAGACACUAGGAAUCAUUUAUCAAUAAUAAAUAUUUGUGUUCUGUCUGUAUUAUUUCCAUAAUUGCUUCAAAAUUUAAUAGUGUUAAUUUCUUUCUUUGUAAAUUUUUUUUUUUUAACUUAAUGAAUUGUAGAAAAUUUGGUGGUUAAAUAAUAGAAUUGUGAUUUUGUCCUAAACAUAGAUUUCCUGUUUGAAUGGUUUUACACCAGUAAUUUUGGGGCCCUUUAUAGCCGUUCGGUGUGAACCAGUCUCCAUGUUGAAGGUCGUACAUUGACCUAUAGUGGUUUAAUUUUUUAAAUUGUUAUUUGGAUGGAGAGUUGUCUCAUUGGCACUCACACCACAUCUUCCUAUAUCUAAGCCUUGGUAAAGUGUUAUGGUCACUAUUUUUUUGUAACCUUAUUCAUUCAAAUAUUGAAGAUGUUACCAAUAUUAUACAAAUAUAGCCUUUGUAUGAGGUCAAUACAAGGAUAUAUUGACCUGAAAGAGGUAUAUUGACUGAGGACACAAUUCUAUGAAGACUGGUUUAAUAAAAUAUUUGCUUUACAUGUAUUUAUUAUAAAUUUAACAUGUUUUGGCAUUGCAUAUAGUAUAGAAAUUAUAAGAAGAAAUAUUUAUUAUAUGAUAGUUCAAUUUUCAUUAUGUUGAGAAUAUAGAAUUGAAUUAACCUUAGUUUCUACAGAAAUUUAUAUUUUUUUAUUUGAUGUAUUGUUGAGGGAAUGGCAUUUACUGGUCAUGCUGCAUUACAAUUUUUCUAUAAAAGCAUGCAUGAACAGUGAAACUUUGAACAGUUGCUUGCUAUGUUUUUUAACUUAACUAUGUGCGAAGUGAAGUUAAUUUUCAUUGUCCAAUCAAAUUCUAGUAUGACUUAAACUCUGGCCUACAUUGUGUUUGUAAUAUAAACAGCCAAACAUACAACAUGUACAUAGCAACCAAGUUGAUCAAAUUUAUCUUGCAAGCAUAAAUAGAAAUUAUCAAGAACAAUCUUUAUAAUAGUUGUUACCAACUGUGAUUAGGUUUUAACCUUAUUGUAUCAAUUUUGUACCAGAUUAGAUCAGAUUGCUUGAAAAAAAUAAUAUAGUUGAUGACCUAAAAUAAGUGUACAUUUUCAACAGUUCUAAACAUCUUUUACAUAUGUUUGUAAAAAAUUAUUAAUAUUUGUUAUUCAAUGUGAUAAAUCAACAAACAGAUUGUAAAUAUGAUUUCUAUAAUAUAUGUAUACUAGCAUAUAAAUAUGUUCAGUAACAAUUGGUGCAGUUGUAAAUUUGUAAGAGUUCCCUUCAUGCAAUGUACCAGGAUAUAUACUUCAUACAUGCUAGCUUUGGACAAAUUACAAGUGAAAAGAAUUGCAACUUGGUAAAUGUUUAUAUAGAAAAAAGGAAAUCUGUACAUGGUUUUAUCAUUAAAAAUCUUACAAAUGAGCAUAUAAAUGAG